AUGGCUGAGAGAGAGCCGAGAAGUCGACCAGAUUUCUCAUCAUAUAAAACAGAUGAAUCUAUAGACUCGAGGAGUAGAGCACCCGAGUCACUGCCAUAUACUACCGCUGCUUCCGAAUUCAUCUACGGGUAUUCGAGCGUACUUGCUGCUGUCAAGGCGGACCGACGCAAAUUCUACAACCUGUACAUCCACACCAGAGGGGCGAACAGAGAUGGCCUCCUCGACGAUCGCAGCCUCUUCAAGAAUGUUGCGUCCAUUACCAAAGAAGUCGGAGAUGAGUACAUGCGCGCUCUUGAUAAAGCAAGUAGUGGCAGACCGCAUAAUGGCGUUGUGUUGGAAGCAUCUCCACUUGCUUGCCCUCCGAUUACUGAAUUGAAGAGCGAAUCGGUAGCAAGUGCAUUUUUCAGCGUUGCAGUAGAUCACCAAAGUGCAGAAGACGUGAUUGUCAACGGCAAGCAGGAGCAAUAUUCCUACAAGUCCGCAGGAUGGCGACAUCCCCUAGUACUCUACGUUGAUGGUGUACUCGAUGAAGGUAACCUGGGGGCUAUUGCGCGCUCAGCAUACUUUCUCGGCGUUGACGCAAUCAUAACUCCUACUCGCCAAGUCGCGCCUUGGAGCCACAUUGCACUGAAAGCUUCCGCUGGCGCUGCAGAAGCAGUCCCCGUCUUCAAGGUUCGCGAGCCUGCCGAUUUUCUGGGAAAGAGCUCCAGAAAUGGUUGGAGGAUCUAUGCGAGCGACGCUGUUCCACCGGCUCAGCAGCCUUCUGGCACCUCAGAAUCAGAUGAUGAUGGAGCCAGCAAUGUGAUGUACACAUUCGCAAAGAGUGUGAAACGGUUGCCUGUGGACCAUUGCCCUGUGGAUAACCACCCGACGAUCCUCAUGAUGGGCGCUGAGGCAACUGGCUUGAAGAAUAGCCUGCUCAAUUUGGCGCAUUACAAGGUUGGGAUACGACAUGGCCGCGAUGUCGAUGAGAUUGGUGUUGACAGCUUGAACGUCAGCGUCGCAGCAUCACUUCUCUGCUAUGAGAUGUUGAAGAAACCGAGCGAAGCGACCAAGUCCGAGGAUGCGCUUUUCUAG